CGUCGGCGCCGUCCCGUGGUGUCGGUGCCCGUCCCCGCUCGGGCGAUGCGCCGCCCGGACGUGAAGAUGGUGCUGCUGGGCCACGUGAACGUGGGCAAGACGUCGCUGCUGCAGCGCUACAUGGAGCGCCGCUGCCCCGACCCCGUCAGCACCGUGGGCGGCGCCUUCUACCUCAAGCCCUGGCGCUCCUACAACAUCGCCCUCUGGGACACCGCAGGCCGGGAGCAGUUCCACGGGCUGGGGUCCAUGUACUGCCGGGGGGCCUCCGUCGUCAUCCUGACGUACGACGUGAACCACCGGCAGAGCCUGGUGGAGCUGGAGGAGCGCUUCCUGGCCCUGACGGACUCGGCCAGCGCCGACUGCCUCUUCGCCCUGGUGGGGAACAAGGUGGACCUGUCCGGCCAGGCCGGGACCCCGAGGCAGGCCUGCCGCGAGGACGCCGUGGCCCUCUACAAGCGGAUCAUCAGAUACAAGAUGCUGGAUGAGAAGGACGUGCCCGCGGCGGAGGCCAUGUGCUUUGAGACGAGCGCCAAGACCGGCUACAACGUGGACCACCUGUUCGAGACGUUGUUUGACAUGGUGGUGCCGCUCAUCCUGCAGCGGAGGGCCCAGGGGGCCCCCCAGACGGUCGAGAUCACCCCCUACAAGCCGGCCAAGCGGACUCAUCAGGGGUGCUGCUCCUGAGCCCCAGAGGCCUCCGGACAACCGGGGCCCCAGGAGGACGCCGCAGUCAUUCGAAAGAGCCGACCCCGCCGUGAGUAGGUGGGCUCCGAGGGAGGAGCGCAUCAGUCGUGGCGAUACGGACCCCCGCCAGGCCUCUUCCCCCGAACCCGUCUCCGCCUGGAGCGGCCCCCCGUUUCCGGCUUCUCCGGGAGCCGCUUCCCUCAUCCAGUCUCUCUCUCCUCGACGGAGCCCGAGCCCAUUGAGGCCAGCUGGCUCCGCUCAGCGAUUCUGCGUCCUUUUAAUACGGAAUCACCGAUAAGCCAUUCUCCACUUUUGUACCCGGCCAGCCACGGGCUGCAUCUUACUGUAAAAUGAACCUGGAAGUGAUGAUAAUAAUAAUAAUAAUAAUAAUAAAAACCCACAACAAAUCGGGGUGAAAUUCUUUCGCUCGAGACUAUUUCCUCAGGCUGCCGCUCCACCGGAGGCUGCAAGCCGGAAGGCUUCUGGGAGGAGCGAGCUUCAGGAGAUGUGCAAUUCGGGGGCCUGUCAACCUUUGGGCAAGUCAUUUAACUUCUCUGUGCCUCA